AUGCCGACCGAGCACAACUUCGACAUCGCCGUCGUCGGCGGCGGCAUCGCCGGCCUCACCCUCACCAUCGGCCUGCUGCGCCAGAACGUCAAAGUCACCCUGUACGAGUCGGCACAAGCUUUCGGCGAGAUAGGCGCUGGCGUCGCCUUCGGCGCCAAUGCCGCCCGCGCCAUGUCGCUGAUCGCCCCCGAGGUGCGCGAGGGCUUCGAGAGGGUCGCCACAUUCAACCAGUGGGACAGCAAGAAGCAGGUGUGGUUCGACUUCCGCCGCGGCAUGGGCCACGGCGGCAGCCACGCCGACCAGAACCAGGGCGAGCUGAUCCACUCGCUGCCGACCCCCUCGGGCCAGGCCGCCGUGCACCGCGCCCACUUCCUCGACGAGAUGGUCAAGCUGGUGCCCGACGACGUCGCCAAGUUCGGCAAGCGGCUGGACCGCAUCGAGAACCUGCCCGACGGCAACGUGAGGCUGCACUUCCUCGACGGCACCGACGCCGUGCACAGCGCCGUCAUCGGCUGCGACGGCAUCAAGAGCCGCACCCGCCAGAUCGUCCUCGGCGACGACCACCCCGCCGCCCGCGCCCGCUUCAGCGGCAAGUACGCCUACCGCGGCCUGAUCCCCAUGGACAAGGCCGCCGAGCUGCUCGGCGACGAGCUCGCCCGCAACAGCCAGAUGUACCUGGGCUACCACGGCCACGUGCUGACCUUCCCCAUCGAGCACGGCGCCACCAUGAACGUCGUCGCCUUCGCCAGCUCCCCCACCUGGGACCAGCCCGCCUGGGUCGUCCCCACCACAAAGGACGCGCUCCUCGCCGACUUCGCCGGCUGGUCCGAGCACGUGCGCUCCAUCAUGUCGCUGAUGCAAAAGACGGACAUCUGGGCCCUCUUCGAGCACCCCCCGGCCCCCCGCUACACGCGCGACCGCAUCUGCGUCAUCGGCGACGCCGCCCACGCCACGACGCCGCACCAGGGCUCGGGCGCGGGCAUGGCCGUCGAGGACGCGUGGCUGAUGAGCGCGCUGGUCGGCGAGGCGCGGAGCGCGGAGGGGGUGCGGCGCGCGUUCGAGGCGUUUGAGCGGGUGCGGAUCGAGCGGACGCAUCGGUUGGUGACGACGAGCAAUGAGGCGGGGAGGCUGUAUGAUUUCGAGCUCGAGGGGUGUGGAGACGACGUCGGCGCCGUGGCGGAGAAUUUGAGGGCGCGGAUGGCGUGGAUCUGGGAGGAGGAUUUGGAGGCGGAGCUGGUGAGGGCGAGGAGGGUAAUGAGGGGGGAGGAGGGGGAGGGGGAGGAGCGGAUCGGGAGGGGGAAGGUGGAGAUGGCGACGGCGACGGCGACGGCGAGUUUGUAG